AUGCCUCCAAAGAAGCGCUCGCGCCUGCAGGUGUCCUCAACGCCAACCACCAUCAGAGAAGACAGCGCCAUGGACGUUGAUACGCCUCGAUUAAGCGCGACACCGGGAUUUCUAUCCUCGGCAUUCAAGCCAAUAAUACCCGUGACCCCAUAUGACAACCUCUGGACCGAUGACCAGAUAUCCUCGCUGUUCAAAGGCGUCAUUCGCUGGAAACCUGCUGGAAUGCACAAGCACUUUCGCAUGAUUGCAAUCUCAGAACACCUGCGCAACCACGGCAUCGAUCCCGACAUCCACCGACACACGCGCAUCCCCUACAUCUGGGAAAAGCUUCGCACCUACUACGACCUCGACCUGAUCGACGAGCGGGAAAACUUUGACGACGACGAGGCCGAGGACAAGUAUAUCGAGUUCUCGCUGCCGUUCCACGAAUUCGGCGAAUUGAUGCUGCAGCGGGCCAUCGCCGACCCCAGCGAAGCGCCCACGUCGCCUCGCCAGCUGGAGCUUUCGCCCCCGCCGUCCUCUUCCAUUCCGCAGAAGCGCUCUCGAGCUGGUACUGCAUCGAAGACGAGAGGCGUAUCUGUCGAGAAUACUGAGAGUGUUGCUGCGUCUUCCUCUGCGCCGUCACCAGCAGCAACAGCAGCAAAGCCCGCAAAGGGCACGCGAGGCCGCAAAAGAGCGACGAGUCAGCCCAAGGUGGAAAUAGAAAAGGUGGUGGAAAAUUCUGAAGAUGAAGAGGAGGAGUCCGAGGAGGAAGAAGAGUCUGGCUCAGAAGAGAGUGAUAGCGGAAGCGCAGAGAGCGGAACUCCCGCGCCGAAACAGGCGAGGGGAGGCCCGGGGAGAGGUCGUGGAAGAGGUCGCGGACGAGGCAGAAGAGGGAGAGGAAGGGGAGGUUGA